AUGUAUUCAAGGGAUAUUGGCAAAUACGAAUAUGAGAGAAAGAUCGAGACAAGGUUGCAGUUUCGAUGACGAUGGGAGUAUUACGAUACACCGUAAUGUGCAUGGGGUAGCAGCAGCAUAUCAAGACGACGUAGGGUUGUGGACCAAUGGUGAUUUGAAAGGCCACAUGGAUGUGUUCGUUGAUUUAGCCAAAACAUUCGAGAAGGCUGGGCUCACCUUUGCAGCAAAAAAAUGCUUUAUAGCAUAUAAAGAAUUAAACAUAUAUGGGUUUGUCAUUAGUAAAAAGAAGCCUGACAAUGAUAUUCAAAAAAUAAAAGAUGCAAUUAAAGAUAUGGCAAAAGCAAUGAAAGAUCUAACUAAAAGAGAAGGCAUCCCACGGCAAAAUGAACGGAACACCAGACUUCGAU